UGGAUUCUACAAUGUCAACUUUGUCCCAGUAUCUAUCACAUAUUGAUACCGCCAUCAAGACCCAGGACCUGCGGCAACUCAGCACCCUCAUAGAGAUCAACCCGCCAAAUGGCCAAGGACCUGUGCGAAGCCAGUUCCAGGACCCUAAUGACUUUGAUUUAUUCGCAGUAGAUGAGAAAUUCAGACCGGUGGUAGUAGCAUAUUUGAAGCUAUUAAAGGCUAUUUAUGUGGUCAACGAUAUCAAAAAAUCCUUCAACAAUUACAUUGAAUUGGUGAAUACUUUGAACAGAGCCGCCAACACCGAAACCAACUGGAUCAAUCUCCCGUUGAUGAAAGCAUGUAAAGAGUUAAUGGAUAUAUUUGGAGUCAUGGAGAAGCUGUUCCCCGAAGAGGUUCAGGCCAAGCAACCUGACCUGGAGUUUCAAACAUCUGCAAAUAGUUCUUCGUUGGAGAUCUUGGCCAGUACCAUAAACAAUUCGUUCAAGCUCUCGUUAAACGAUAAAAACUUGGACUUGAAACAGAGUAAACGGGUUGAUAUCUAUUUUUUCUUGGGUUGUUUGCUUCGAUUAUACUUCAGACUCAACACUUUGGAUAUGGCCAAAUCUGUGGAAAAGGCAUUGAAAGGAACAAGAUUUGAAUUACCGAAAUUCGAUAAGCAUUUAGUUGAUAAGUCAUCAGCCAUAACCUACUUGUACUAUAGUGCCAUCCUAUCAUUGGACGACUCAGAAUUCAAUGCUGCCCACGAAAAACUUGAGCAGGCAAUGUCAUUGUUAGCGUACAUCAAGAAAAGGACAUCUGUAGAAAGCCAGAUGGAAAAGUUAUUGGUGCUAUAUCUUCCGUUAACUCUUUACACUCAAAACAAGUAUCCCAAGCCGUUCAUUUGGAAGGAGUUCCCGAUACUCAACUACAUCUACAAUGAAAGCUCAUUUAAUUAUAUCAAGUCUGGUGAUGUGAACAAGCUAAAUUGGUUUAUACAGAAAUUCGAGUCAUUCUUACUAAAGAAGAAGCUUUACCUUUUGUUUGAAAGCCUCAAAGAUUUGUGUUAUAUCAAUUUGCUCAAGAAGACUGUCAAGAUCCACGCCUUCAUCACCGAUAGUAAAGGUUCCCAUAUAGUGCCGUUUAGUGCCUUCACAGUAUCGUUCAAUUUAUCGAAUUCUACUGGUCAGGAAACUUUCAAUAAGCAAGAAAUCGAAUGCAUUUUGGCAGUCCUCAUAUCCAAGGGAAGAAUAAAAGGCUACUUGUCUCACGGAAAUGGGUGUAUAGUUCUUUCCAAAACUGUUCCAUUUCCACCAUUGUCUAGUUAGAUAUGAUUUAUAGUGAGUGAAAAGAAUAUAGGAAAAUAAAUGAGCUGGUAUUC